AUGAACACAGUGUAUUUGAUCUGUGGAUUAUACUUCUUUAUGGACAUUGCCUCUACAGAUGAGCGCAACUUUAGAAUUCAUUUUGAGGAGUUCGCGAUCAAGUAUAAGGUGCCGGACUUGUUCGCCAAGAUGGAUUGUCGGCUAUAUCAUAUAAAUAAUCGCAGCUACGUGAACGCCGAGAUGAUUCUCAAACGGAACGUUGGGGACAUAAACGUGCGAGCCAGUAUGGAGUUCUGGAAACCGAACAGCCAAAAGAAACUGAAGUUGUACGACGUUCGGGUGGAUGGAUGCUCUUUCCUGCGAAGUGUCCAUAAGAAUAAAUUGUUUAACAUUUACGUGAAGAGCUUUAAAAAGCACGCCAAUGUUAACCUAGCCUGUCCUUUGAAAGCGAACUAUAGCUACAAGUUGGAGGAUUGGUAUUUAGACGAACUGGAUCUUCCGCCAUUUGCACCAAUUGGUCAAUUUCAUACCCUUACAGAAUAUUAUUCGCAAAAAAAAAUGGUUAUACGUAUUGUGACUAGUGGGGAAAUAUCGGCCAAGGUGUAG